UCCAGGUAGCUGAGUAGAGGAGAACUCAGCGUAGCCCGAACCCUGACCACUUGGGCUCUUCACAAGGCACUCUCCUCCGUCCUCUCCCCCCAACCCCCUGCGAGCACAGACCGUUAGGGGCCUACCCCACACUGCCCUAGAAUCCACACAUCUAUGCCCUACCCGGAACCCUUCUCUGUUUACACAGACCCCUAACCGUGCCUAGCCACGCCCACUGGCCCUGGCAGGGGCUGAGUCUGGGGCCUUCACGUGCACUCUCUGCCGGUUGCUCCGGCCACAGCCCCACCCAAUCAGGCUCGGUUGCCCUGGAGAGGGCAGUCGCAAGAGUCGCUUGGCUGACUGGAGAUCCUCAGAGUGAGGCCCACAGAGUUUCAUCUUGCCUCUCACUCGGAGGGGUCCAAAACCACCGCUAUGUCAAGUGAGCCAAGCGCUACAGGAACCUCACCCAGGACACCGCGUCCUGGGACCCAAAAGUCAUCUGGUGCAGUAACCAAGAAGGGGGAUCGGGCUGCUAAAGAUAAGGCAGCAAGUGUCCUGCCCCCGGUGGGUGAGGAAGAGUCAAAAAAUCCCGAGGAGUACCAGUGCACUGGGGUCCUGGAGACGGACUUCGCUGAGCUCUGCGCACGGUCAGGAUACACGGACUUUCCCAAAGUUGUCACCCGGCCACGGCCCCAACAGAGCUUUGUCCCUUCCGCCUCCAUGUCAGAAAAGCCCGUCCAAGAUGACCAGAGGCUGUCGGCAUCCUGCAGCCAGAACAGCCUAGAGAGCAAGUAUGUGUUUUUUCGGCCCACCAUCCAAGUGGAGCUGGAGCAGGAGGACAGCAAGACAGUGAAAGAGAUCUACAUUCGAGGUUGGAAAAUUGAAGAACGGAUUCUGGGUAUUUUCUCCAAAUGUCUGCCCCCCCUCAGCCAGCUGCAGGCCAUCAACUUGUGGAAGGUGGGACUGACUGAAAAGACCCUGACCGCUUUCAUCGCCCUUUUGCCUCUUUGUUCACCCACACUCAGGAAGGUAUCUCUGGAGGGGAACCCCAUACCAGAGCAGUCCUUUAACAAGCUAAUGGGACUGGACAGCACGAUCGUUCACUUGUCUCUGAGGAACAACAACAUCAACGACCAUGGGGCACAGCUCCUGGGCCAGGCACUGUCCACACUGCACAGCAGCAACCGGACCCUUGUUUCACUGAACCUGGCAUUCAACCACAUCGGGGAUGAAGGAGCCGGCUACAUUGCGGAUGGCCUGAGGCUGAACCGCUCUCUCCUCUGGCUGUCCCUAGCGCACAACCACAUUCAAGACAAGGGAGCGCUGAAGCUGGCCGAGGUCCUGCGCCCCUUUGAGCUGACCCACAGGGAGGUGGUGGAGCGGCGCCGCCUGCUGCUGGUGAAAGGAACGCAGGAGCGGUCUCGAUCGCCUUCCUCCUCCCGACACGGGGACUCCAAAACAGACCGAGAGAAGUCUCAGAAUCUGGGGAUCAGCAACGUUACUUUGGUGGACAAGGCAGAAAAGAUGCAGUCAAUGAAAGCCCCUCGGACCAUAGGCAAGAAAAAGGAGAAGUCAGGGGAAGUUGUAAAGAAGGAAGAGAAGUUGGGACCCGGGCAGUCACCCACACAAGGAACCCCUAAGAAAGAAGAUGCCCCAAAGGCAGGCAAGGGGAAGGUGACCAUCCCUGAGCAGAAGAUAAGCAAGGGCAAAGCGACGAAGACGGGGGCCAAAGAGAAGCGCAGCAUCCUCCUGGAGUCAGAACAGCUGGUUGUUGAAGCUACAGAGAUGGUUAACCCUCUCCUGGAGCCCGUGGAACACCGAGAUGGGAAGGUCUUCUUGCCUGGGAACAAGGUCCUCUUGCACCUCAACCUCCUCCGAAACCAAAUCACAGAGGUGGGGCUGGAAGGCUUCCUCACCGCUGUGCAAUACCAGGUUCAGGUCUCCAAGUCCAAGACUUCACCCAAGGCCCCCCUGGGUCUGCUGUGGCUGUCCUUGGCAAAAAACUGCUUUGACCCACAGUGUCCAACACACAUCAUGAUUCAAGAACUGAUGUUGCCAAGGGACCCUGUGAAGGCCAAGGUCAGGGAGGAGGAGGCCACAGCUACCUAGGCCUCCUACAGGCAGCCGCUGUCUCCUUGGGAAAGUAUCCUGGACCAGUAACAUAGUCUCUUGCUGUGCUGUUCUUUGACAAUCACUCCAGAACUGUGUGGAACAUUUGGGUUCUUGAGUCUGUUCAUAUUCCCUGGCUAGACAUGGCUCCAUUGGGGGAUGAGCUGAGCUCCUGGCUAGGGCCAUUGCUCCGAGAGUCCCAGUAGCAUCCCCCAGGCCAUGUCAGUGUGCACACAGCCUUACAAUGAUGGGGGUUAGUUAACAUAAUUGAUGGAGGGAGCAGGCUUUGAACUAGGACCCAUUCCCCAGCAUUCUCUGAUACUUAUCUCCAUGUGUCUGUCUGGUUUUCAAGAGGUCAGGGCUCUGCUUUCAAAGAAGAAGGCACUCUGGAAAGGGUAUGGUAUGGUAUCCAAUUUGCAGAGCAAAGGCCAAACAUUAAACAUGGCAUGCCAGCAACUAGAAAUCAUGGACAUCCAGAGUAGGGCUGGCUGCCUCUGCUAAGAAUUCUGGAGAGCCCAUGCCAGCCUACAGGGAAUCUCCAGCCAAGGUAAAGGGGACAUCUCCCUCAUCUCUAGCCCUCUGCCACCUCCACCUUCCAGAGCUCCAUCUUCUGCACUGGCUGGUGAGUGGCUCCAGAGACCUCUCUGAUUGCUCUAAGUCCAAGUCACUGUGUCAGGGUGCACCAUGGCCAUCCAUGGUUUUCUCAGCUAUGUACCAGGUCCUUAAAGCUGGCUUCAGACCCACACUUGCUCAGCUGUCAUUUCUGACCUGUGGGAAGGAGGGAGGAGGGCAGUGUGGUGACCAUCCCUUUCAUGUUUUGCGGCUGACAGUAGGUACAGCAGCCAUGUUCCUUUGUGUGAAGUAACCACAAUGUCCUUUUCUGGGCCAGAGUAAGUUGCCCAACCUUUGGUGAGAGGGUCUACACUUUGGUGAGAGGGCUUUGGGACAGGUGAGACCUGGUGCAGGAUGGUGCAGCAUGGGCUCUUGUUGCCCUCUACCCAUUCUUGGCAGCCUCACCCUCUGUCAGUCUAAGAAUCAUACAACCACAAUAGAAGAAUAUUUAACUUUUCUUUAAAAAAAUCUUAACCAUGAAAGGAAGAAAAUAAGAGUAUACAUUAUUUUAACAGCAAAACAGUCAUUUCCAUAUCUGUAUUUUAUAUAUUAUAUAUAUUUAUAUAUAUGUAUAUAUACACCUAGCACAGUGUGUAUGUUCAUCGUGGGGAGUGGCGUGAGGACAGGGUGAUGAGGCAAUGGUGCUGUGGCCCCUGGGGAAGGAAGAGCCCUGACUUAACUCAGGGACUCCAGCAAUCCACUCCACAUCUCUCUCGGGGUCUGUUUUGAGAUCCGUACCUGCUGUAUUUGUUUCUAUGGGGCAGGUGGGGAAGGGCUGGGGAACCCUGCAGGGGUGUCUCCUGACAACAAGAAGGGAGAAGUGGCCAAGGCUUCAGAGGCGGGCCCUGGAGCUUGACAGAGCUGGAGUCUGGGAGACCUCCCUGCCAGUGGGACAUAAACAAUCAUGGCCCUGAGCUGGGCUGCUGCCUGGCUCUCUCUAACUGGUUGAACAUGCUAGGGACAGAAAAAAAAGGCUGUUAUUUACAAUUGCAAAGAUACACAUACAAUAGACAUUUAUAGGAAACUAAAGGGGCAAAGAGGAGAGCCAGGCACCUAGCUGUCUCAGGGCCUAGGAAGAAGGGGAGGAAAAAAGUGCAAUCACACAUAAGCCUCCUCCUCUGACAUGCACACCUGAGGGCACUGUGCACACAGCACACCCCACACUGGCUAUGUGGCUAUGCAGGGUGGAGGCCUUUCUGUUGUGGUCAACAUGCUCAGGAGACAAAAGCCAUGGAGACUUGGGCUAACAGAGGAAGAGACACUGAACUGGACUGUCUGGUGGAAACAGACCAGGCAACACGAGGGAUUCCCUGGCCCCGUGGCAUCUUUCAAGGGGAGGCUUGGGUCUCCCAGGGUUGUGCUCUGAGGCAGGCCAGACUCUGGUUGUCUGGAUGCUAUGGUCCUGGUGACACAGCUGUGUCAGUGGCACUGUCUUCCAGGGCGAUGUCGGAGCCUGUGGGAAGAUGGCGAGGGUGAGAAGCUGGCUACAUUUGAGAUGUCCUUUUUCAUGUCCCUGGAUGACUUCAGCACCAGCUGUCUGUGACAAAGCUUUCUCCUCUACAAACUUUAUUACGCUUUUUUCACUUAUACGAAAUAGAAUGUGUGUGGAAGCC